CAAUCGGCAAUACUUGCACGUGAUCGCUGUUUCCUUCGAUAAUCCUCGCUCACUCUCGCUUGUUUCUGCUCCGAGAAGAGAACACCAUACGCGCGAAACCCCCAAGUCGGCGAUUCCAUCUGCCCAAAACAGCAUCGCUGACACCGAGUCAAUACCUAAAUGGACACGCACUCCUCGCAUCUAACCGCGCCCAACCGUUCUCGGAGUUCUCAGUCUCCUUCACCUUCGCAUUCAGCUUCUGCCUCCGCUACUUCCUCCAUCCACAAGCGCAAGCUGGCGUCGGAGGAUCACGCGCCACCGUUCCCUCCCUCCUCUUUCUCGGCCGACACUCGCGACGGCGCACUGACCUCCAACGACGACCUCGAGAGCAUCUCCGCGCGCGGAGGUGGAGCCGAUUCCGAUUCCGACGAUGAUUCGGAGGACGCUGCCGUCGAUGACGACGAGGAAGACUUCGACAACGAUUCCUCCAUGCGCACCUUCACCGCUGCACGGUUGGAGAACAGUGGAGGCGGCUCCGCGGCGGCCUCGGCUCGCAACACGAAGCUGAAGACGGAGAAUGCGACGGUGAAGAUCGAGAAUACGGAGAGCAGCAAGGACGGUGGUGGAGCCACGGGGACCGGUACGGUGGGGCCUGCUGCAAACGCUAGCUCGCUGCCAGGGAUAAUGGGGAAGGAAGACGCAACCAAGAUAUUUACUGAAAAUUUACAGACGAGUGGUGCAUAUAUUGCUAGGGAAGAGAGUCUUAAGAGAGAGGAGGAAGCUGGAAGGCUCAAGUUCGUUUGCCUUUCGAACGACGGUAUUGAUCAGCAUAUGGUUUGGUUGAUAGGAUUGAAGAAUAUCUUUGGCAGGCAACUUCCAAACAUGCCCAAGGAGUACAUUGUCCGUCUUGUUAUGGAUAGGAACCAUAAAUCUGUCAUGGUAAUCAGACGGAAUCAGGUUGUUGGUGGCAUCACAUAUCGCCCAUAUUACAGCCAAAAGUUCGGGGAGAUAGCUUUCUGUGCAAUCACCGCUGAUGAACAAGUAAAAGGUUAUGGCACUAGAUUGAUGAAUCACUUAAAACAGCAUGCACGAGAUGUUGAUGGGCUAACUCAUUUUUUGACAUAUGCCGACAAUAAUGCUGUUGGUUAUUUUAUUAAACAGGGUUUUACAAAAGAGAUUCACCUGGAGAAAGAUCGUUGGCAAGGGUAUAUAAAAGACUAUGAUGGUGGAAUUCUUAUGGAAUGCAAAAUUGAUCCAAAGCUUCCAUACGUUGAUUUGUCAACUAUGAUUCGCCGCCAAAGGCGGGCAAUUGAUGAAAAGAUUAGAGAGCUCUCAAACUGUCAUAUUGUUUAUCCUGGAAUCGAUUUCCAAAAGAAAGAAGCUGGUAUUCCUAAAAAACUCAUCAAAGUUGAGGACAUCCCUGGCUUGCGGGAGGCUGGCUGGACUGCUGACCAAUGGGGCCAUUCACGGUUUGGAGCUAAUUUUAGUGCUUCUACUGACAGUGCAAAAAAACAUUUGACUGCACUCAUGCGCUCGCUUCUAAAGACCAUGCAUGACCAUGUUGAUGCAUGGCCAUUCAAGGAACCAGUUGAUUCACGUGAUGUUCCUGAUUAUUACGACAUCAUCAAAGAUCCCAUGGAUUUGAGGACCAUGUCGAAGAGGGUAGAGUCGGAGCAAUAUUAUGUUACAUUUGAGAUGUUUGUUGCGGAUGCAAAGAGGAUGUUUGCCAAUGCACGAACCUACAACUCUCCUGAAACAAUAUACUAUAAGUGUGCAACAAGGCUGGAAGCCCAUUUUCAAAGCAAAGUUCACUCGGGUCUCCAAGCUGCUGGUGUCAAAAUUCAGUAGUGAAUUCAUUCAACGACUGGGUGACGCCAUUGCAUUCCCACAAUUGCCAGAUAAUUUUUACUGUUUCAACCGAUAGCUCGCAUAUGUGAUGCCCCAUUUUUUAUUUUCAUUUGAACCUAUGUAAUCUCUUUGGGUUAACUUACGUAUAGGACGUAAAUAUGUAUGCAUAAAAAAAUAAUAAAAAAAAAAAUAAAAAUUAAAGGAUCUAAAAACAAACAAACAAACCAAAAUAACAAAAGACAAUAGUUUAACUUAGGUGUAGUUUUUGUCUACUUAAUUGUGUGUAAUUUGCUUAUGACUAGUGUAUGUUGAUGAUAGUUUAGAGUUUGUUUGGUAUCUUAAGUUAGUUUUAAAGUUAAGGAGAAAAAGAAAAAAAAUACAAAAUUGAAAAUAAUCUCAAGUUGUGUUGGUUUUUUGUUUCUAUUAUUAUUAUUAUUAUUUCGUUUCUUUC